UAAGCUUCUCCCCAAAGUUAGGCGGCUGUCCUGUUGAGCCCUGCGUUUGGAUCUCUGACAUGGAGGUUGGUGCAGGGAACAGCGCCAUCUUGCAGAUCUGAGGGACUGUGCAGGGCGGCUGGACGGGCGCUGAAGAAGCUUGAUUUGAGCUGACCUGGAGAUGCUGUGUUGACCUAGGCUGGGCCACUGACCCUGGGCACAGGAUAUGCUGUCAUUCUGGGAUGUGGCUAUGUAUUUCUCUGCAGAGGAGUGGGAAUACCUGGGUCCUGCUCAGUGGAAAAUGUACAGGGAUGUGAUUUUGGAGAAUUACAGCAACCUUGUGUUCCUGGGUCUUGCUUCCACUAAGCCAUAUCUGGUCACAUUUCUGGAGCAAAGACAAGAGCUUUCAGAUGUGAAGAGACCAGCGGCCACCACUAAGUACUCAGGGGGGAAAAGCUAUACAUGCAAAGAAUGUGACAAAGUCUUUGAGGCGAAAAAAGGAUUUCAAAAUCAUCAGAUAAUUCAUUUAGGAGUGAAGUCCUGCAAGUGUGAAGAGUGUGGCAAGUCCUUCCAUUUUUCAUCACUACUUUCUGAACACAAAAGGAUUCAUACAGGAGAAAAACCCUACAAGUGUGAAAUACAUAGCAAGGCCUUCCAUGUUCCAUCAAAACUUUUUCAACACAAUAUAAUUCACACAGGAGAAAAACCCUACAACUGUGAAGUAUGUGGCAAGGCCUUCUGCACGUCAUUAUUCCUUUCUAAACACAAGAUAAUUCAUAUGGGAAAGAAUCCUUGCAAGUGUGAAGUAUGUGGCAAGGCCUUCGAAUAUCCAUCAAGGCUUUCAAAACAUAAGAAAAUUCAUACAGGAGAGAAACCAUACAAGUGUAAAGUAUGUGGAAAGGCCUACCGCUCUCCAUCAUCACUUUGUGAACACAAGAGAACUCAUACAGGAGGGAAACCCUACAACUGUGAAGUAUGUGGCAAGGCCUUCCAUUAUCCGUCGUUACUUUCAAAACACAAGAUAAUUCAUACAGAAGAAAAACCCUACAAGUGUAAAGUAUGUGGUAAGGCCUUCCAUUAUCUGUCAAGACUUUCCAACCAUAAGACAAUUCAUACAGGAGAGAAACCGUACAAGUGUGAAGUGUGUGGGAAGGCCUUUCAUGUUCCAUCAUCACUUUCUGAACACAAGAGAACUCACACAGGAAAGAAACCUUACAAAUGUGAAGAAUGUGGCAAGAAGUUUCGUUGUCCAUCAUUAUUUUCUAACCACAAGAGAAUACAUACAGGUGAAAAACCCUAUAGUUGUGAAGUAUGUGGCAAGGCCUUCCAUACUACAACUUUAUGUUCUAUACACAAGAGAAUUCACACAGGAGAGAAACCUUACAAGUGUGAAGUAUGUGGCAAGGCCUUCCAUUAUUCAUCAAGACUUUCCAACCAUAAGAAAAUUCAUGCCGGAGAGAAACCAUACAAAUGUGAAGUAUGCGGCAAGGCCUUCCAUUAUCCAUCCAUACUUUCUAAACACAAGACAAUCCAUACAGAAGACAAUCCCUACAAGUGUGAAGUAUGUGGCAAAGCAUUUGAUUAUCCAUCAAGACUUUCCAACCAUAAGAAAGUUCAUACAAAAGAGAAACCAUACCAGUGUGACAUAUGUGGCAAGGCCUUCCAUUAUGCAUCAUUACUUUCUAAACACAAGAUGAUUCAUAUUGGAGAAAAGCCCUAUAAGUGUGAAGUGUGUGACAAGGCCUUUCAUUACCCAUCAAGACUUUCCAACCAUAAGAAAAUUCAUACAGGAGAGAAACCAUACAAGUGUGAAAUAUGUGGAAAUGUCUUCCGUUUUCCAUCAUCCCUUUCUGAACAUAAGAUAAUUCACACUGGAGACAAACCUUACAAGUGCCAAGUAUGUGGCAAGGCCUUCCAUUAUCCAUCAUUACUUUCUAAACACAAGAUCAUUCAUACAGGAGAGAAUCCCUACAAGUGUGAAGUAUGUGGCAAGUUCUUUAAUUAUCCAUCAAGACUUUACAAACAUAAGAAAAUUCAUACACGAGAGAAGUCCUACAAAUAUAAAGAAUGUGGCCUAGCUUUCUAUUGUCCAUAAGUACUUUCUGAAAAGAAGACAAUCCAUACAGGUGAAAAACCCUGAACUUGGGAUGUAUCAGUCAAGUCCUUUAGAACUUUCCAGAUUCUUUCUCCUCAUUUGAUAACUCAUUCUGGAGAGAAACUAUAGAAAAGUGAGGAAUGUGGAAAAGGCUCCUUUAUAAAGUCAUACCUAUAUCUAGACAAAUUACCUCAUAAUUUAGGGAAUAUUUACAAAUGAAAAGAAUAUGUCAAGAUGCUCCACAAAUUUAAGGAUCAUCAAAGAAUUCAUUCUGGAAAGAAACCAUACAAAUGUAAAAAAAAAAAAUGUGGCAAAUACUUUUGAAAUCCAUUGCAUGGUUUGAACACAGGAUAACUCCUAUUGGAGAUAAACCCUAUGCAUGUGAAGAAUGAGACAAACACUAUUUUUACCAGUCUUCUAUCUCUUAAGCCACAUCAAAGAAUUCAUCUAUGAGAGAAACCACACAAGUGUGAAGAAUGUACUAAGGUCUUUGUCCUUACUAAAAACUUGGGGAAACCCUCUUAAUUAAUACUAGAGUGAAAUGUCACAAAUGUGGAAAAUAUUGCACAUCCUUUAAUAAGCUUUCUUAUAUUUCUUAAUAGUAGGUAAUUCAAACUGGAGUGAAAUAGUACAAAUGUUAAAAUGUUCAUAUACUUUUAAUACUUCUUCAACCCCAAAAAGUUAUCAAAAGCUUCAUGAUGAAUAGAAGCCCUAGUAAGUUUGAGGAAUAUGGUAAAGGCUUUGCAAUCAUUCAUACAAUCAUGCCCAAAGUGGAGCUGUCAGGCUGUGUGGUUGUCCUUCUCGAUUUGGGUUUGAUCCUUCCUCGCUGUCUUUUUCUUUCUUCUGUUAUAGAAUUGAAACCCUUGUUCUAUACCAGUAUGUAGAAUAGUAGUCACUAGUUUUUAUGUUGUAGCAGCUCACAAUUAAGAGAUUGCCUUGAGUCUCACAUGAUACAUGGACUGUGUUCUUUCAUAGUGUUGUAAUUGUUAAAUCCUUUUUGGACAUUUCAAGUUGGAGCCUAUUUUACUUUGGAGGUGGGGGUAAGGUUGGGGAAAGGGAAGGGAUGUUAUGAUUUAAAGCUUUUUGGAUAGAGCUACCAUGUUGACUUUGGGAACAAACUGAAUUGCCAACAAGACCCACACCCAUGUUAGUAUUCCUAGUACCCUCAAAAUAGAAUGAGGUAAUUAUCUCUGAAGUUUGCCCUCUGACCUCUGUAUGUAAGCCCACAUGCCAACAUAAAUAUGUGUGCCCAGAAAAAAAUAAGCCAAAAUUACAUUUUUGAAUUAACUGUGUUUUAUAUGUACAAAGAUCAAGAAGUAAUUCUUGUAUCUCCGUUGUUAGUACCAUCAGUUCUAGAAUCAUUUGAGUUGCAAGUCUCUUAUUGAUUUGUAGAAUUUAUCUUGAUUAAUUAAAUUGAUUUCAGGAGGUCUGUUGAUUGCAGUUGGAAGCAUCUGUUUGACCGAGAUGCUGCAGUAUCAGAGAAUACCCUGAGACCAGCUAUUCAUCAAUCUUCUGCUUCCUGACUGUGGAAGGAACAUGACCAGCUGCUUAUGUUCCUGUUGUUUUAUCUUUCUCACCACGUGCUGUGGUUGGAAUAAGAAUUGGCCACAGUGCUCAUAGGCUUGAAUGCUUAGUCCACAGGUAUUAGCACUGCUGGAAAAAGAUUAAGGAAUGCGGCAUCAUUAGUGUAAGUGUGUAACUGGGGAUCAUAUUUGAGGUUUCAAAGUUUCAGACCCAGUAUCUCCCUCUUUUAAAAACAUUGGUCAAUACGUAUAAUUCUCAGCUAUUCUUCAAGUACCAUGUCUGUCUGCAUUCCACCAUGCUCCCUAGCUAGUUUCCCACAAUAAUAACUUACAAGCCUCUGAAACUGUAAAGAAGCUCCAAUUAAAUGCUUUUUAAAAUAGGGAUUGCUGUAGUUUGACGUCUCUUCAUAGCAACCGAACACUGAGUAAGUCUCCAUGGUAGACAAUGGAAUUGAACUAUGAUCCAAAUUAAACCCUUCUACUUGUGCUUGCGUGCAUAUUUUAUUACUGCCAUGAGAAUACUUACUAAAUCUUCAUGCCAAAUGCAAGUUUCAAUGUGAUGUUUAAUACAUAUGAAUCAUGUGUGUUUUCCCUUUCCCCAUUAUCGCCCUCCCUUUUGCUCCCUUCUCUGAAAAGUGUUUCCACUCCUCUUUAUUUACAUACCUACACCCAUCUCUACAUUAACAAACACAGAUGUAGAGCAAGCAGUGUCUAGAACUAGAGAAAUGUUAGUGACUGUUGGCUGCCUGACUGUCACACAUGUGCCCCUGCAACACUGGAGCAUUUAUCUCUUCAACCUAUUGGCCCAGAACAUCUGACAGAUUUUUCUCUGCAGCAGCAAAUAUGAAGGAGUUAUCUCCCUUGUCCUGGCAGAGUUUGGCUGUUGACUUUCUAUGUUUUCUACUUGUCCACAACUUGCAGGUCAGCAUUUGAGGUAAGGGCAGUUUCCUGUCUAGUAGCAGCUUGUCACAUUUUUAGCAAACUUCAUAAGGAAGUUCUUCAAUGCUCAUUCAUCAUCAUCUUUGAAGGACUUGCAGAUUCUGCCAAGACCUGGCAUUUCUCAUUGUCAAACAUUAAUAAAAUAUCUUUCAAUGCCAUAUUCUAUAGAUUUCUGAUGUUUCUGAAGACCAUCUAACAUUCUCAGGAUAUUUGAAUAGGAAUAUGUUGUUUGUCUCUAGCUAUUUACUAUCUCAUUAACUUAGAAAACGUCUGUGAUAUAACUAAACAAGAAUGUGUUGAGAUUUUGUCUUUUACUGUCUAUUCUAGUCCUAAGUGCAGGACUCCCAAGAUCUGGAGUCUGCACUUAGUCCCUUGGACCCUGCUUCGUGUUAUUUUUGACUGGUAAAUAAAGAUGCCAACAACUAAGAGUUGGGUAGAAGAUACAUAAGUGCCGAUUAGGUUUCCUGGGCUUGGGGUCAGAGGAGAACCAGGAGAAGAAGAACACACAGGAAGGAGAAGGAAAGGCUGCUGUGGGUUAGGUGUACCAUAAAAAAUAUGGCCCUGUGAGCUGGCUAAUUGGAAUUAAGAGUAGCCCAGAUGACAAAUAUUAAAUAUGAAAUAAUAAUUUGAGGUAAAUAUAUCAAUAGGGAUGUAGAUUCUGAUAGCAUGAAUGCUUGGUAUCUACCUGUGGCCUCCCUUCCCCCAGCCUGGAACCUGCUUGCUCAAGGGUGGAGCUUCCU